CUAUUUAUCCCACUCCCGCUGUCUGCUGCUUCCUCUUUACAUUUCAUCUUCACUCCAUUUUUGAAACUUCCGGGAGAAACUCGUCGGCCUGUUUCUGUGAUCUCUCAUCCGUAAUUUUGAUCUUCCGCUCGUAACCGCCAAAUAUUUCUGUUCUGUUUCUCGUUUUGGUCCGGUGCGGGAAAUUGAGGCUCCGAGUCGUUGGCAUUUCUUCUGAAGCUCCAGAUCUCGACUUCGAGCUACUUCAUUCGUCCCUUUAAGGACUGAGUUGUAAUGUCGCUUCGAAAUCUGAUUUUGUUGCUGACUGUGACGGUGAUGAUUGGAGUUCACCAGGCGGUGUCGAUUACGUUCACAUCGAAGAUACUUCACCGGUUCUCUGAGGAGAUGAAGGCGCUUAGGGUUUCAAGGAGUACGAAUACGAGUCUACGAGUGUCCUGGCCUGAGAAGGGGAGCAUGGAGUAUUAUCAGGAGCUUGUGAGUAGUGACUUCCGAAGGCAGAAGUUGAAGCUCGGCUCUCGGUUUCAGUUGCUUUUCCCGUCCGAAGGCAGCAAAACCAUAGCGCUGGGGAAUGAUUUUGGCUGGUUGCAUUACACCUGGAUCGAUAUCGGGACACCAAGUGUUUCGUUUCUGGUUGCAUUGGAUGCUGGGAGUGAUCUACUUUGGGUUCCUUGCGAUUGUAUAAAAUGUGCUCCCUUGUCUGCAAGUUACUAUGGCAGUCUGGAUAAAGAUCUGAAUGAAUACCGUCCAUCCAGUUCAAGCACCAGCAAGCAUAUACCUUGUAGCCAUAAUUUGUGCGACUCAGGCCAAAACUGCCAAAGUCCGAAGCAGUCGUGUCCUUACACUAUUGACUACAUAACUGAUAAUACUUCGAGUUCAGGAUUGCUAGUUCAGGAUGUAUUACAUCUUUCAUCCGAUUGUGAGAAUUCAUCUAAUUGUACUAUUCAGGCUCCGGUCAUUUUUGGAUGUGGUAUGACACAAAGUGGUGGUUACCUAAGUGGAGUUGCUCCGGAUGGUCUUUUCGGGUUGGGGCUAGGAGAAAUUUCGGUUCUUAGUUCCCUUGCCAAAGAAGGAUUAGUGCCGAACUCUUUCUCACUAUGUUUUGAUGAGGAUGGAUCUGGCAGAAUCUUUUUUGGGGACGAGGGACCAGCAAGCCAACAAAUGACUUCAUUUGUGCCGUUAGAUGAGAAAUAUGAAGCCUACAUUGUCGGGGUGGAAGCAUGUUGUAUUGGGAAUUCUUGCCUCAAGCAAACAAGUUUUAAAGCAUUGAUUGAUAGCGGAACGUCUUUUACGUUUCUCCCUGAAGAAGUAUAUGAAAAUGUUGCGAUGGAGUUUGGUAAAAGGUUAAACACUACAAGCACUGUCACCUUUAAAGGAUAUCCUUGGAAGUAUUGCUAUGAGAUCAGUGCAGAAACAAUGCCAAAGGUUCCGUCUGUGGCAUUGUUGUUCCCGCUAAACAAUAGCUUUGUGGUUCAUGAUCCUGUUUUUCCUAUCUAUGGCGAUCAGGGGUUAGCCGGAUUUUGCUUUGCUAUACUACCUGCUGAUGGAGAUAUCGGGAUACUGGGACAAAAUUACAUGACUGGAUACCGGAUGGUAUUUGAUAGGGAAAAGUUGAAGUUUGGUUGGUCACGCGCAAAUUGUCAAGAUCUCGGUAAUGGCAAAAAAAUGCCCCUUGCUCCUGCAAAAGAUACACCACCAAAUCCAUUACCAGCCAACGAGCAGCAGAGGGUUCCGGGGGGGCAUGCAGUCGCUCCUGCCGUAGCUGGAAGGGCCCCCUCUAAACCAUCAGCUGCCGCCCCCUGCUUCAUCCCAUCCAGCUUUUAUACGAUUAGAUUGCCGCAGCUGCUUCUUCUGGUACUCUACCUUGUUUGUAGUUGCGUGUGAUGUAGAUUCUGAGCUUUUCUAAGUUUUACAUGUAAAUGAAGGUCGUUUCUUUACAUCUCUUCUCCCCAGCAAGGGCAUGUCGAUCUUCUGUGUCCUUGCAAGUUGCAUCACUGCCAUUUUUUUCCCUUUUUUUUUUUGGGCAUUAUAUAGGCCAUCCAGUGGGGGGUUGAUGAUAGUAGUUGCAUUUUUGUUUAUGUAGCUACACAUUCUUCUAUCUAUAUGUUUUAUUUUCUAAUGUAUAUUACCAUUAGUUGUACUUGUACUUUUUUAUAA